AGGGGGAAAAGUUGAUCAAGCGACCAAGAGGCAUUUUCCUCGGAGGAGGGAGGGGAAAAAUAUCUCCGAGGGGGCAGCUUUGGGUGGGCAAGGAUGAGCCUGUUGUCAGCCAUCGACACAAGCGCUGCCUCCGUCUACCAGCCUGCCCAGCUUCUCAACUGGGUCUAUCUGUCCUUGCAAGACACGCACCAGGCCAGUGCCUUCGAUGCCUUUCGGCCGGAGCCUUCUUCGUCCCAGCACCCGGAGCUGAAUUACCCUAGCAAGAACACCACAGAGCUCGGCUCGUCCCUCAAUUCCAGCUAUCUCAACAGCUUUUUCCAGCUCCAAAGGAACGAGGCAUUGAGCAGCAGUCUAUAUAAGAGUGCCUCUCCCUAUGGCUCCCUUAAUAACAUAGUAGAUGGCUUGAGUUCCCUCACCGAACAUUUCUCUGACAUAUCCCUCUCAUCAGAAGCUAGAAAGCCCAGCAAGAGACCACCGCCCAACUACCUAUGUCAUCUUUGCUUUAACAAGGGACACUACAUCAAGGACUGCCCACAGGCACGUCCAAAAGGAGAAGGCCUGACACCGUACCAGGGGAAAAAACGCUGCUUUGGUGAAUACAAAUGCCCCAAGUGCAAGAGAAAAUGGAUGAGUGGAAACUCCUGGGCCAACAUGGGACAAGAAUGUAUCAAGUGCCACAUUAAUGUGUAUCCUCAUAAGCAGAGACCCCUGGAAAAGCCUGAUGGUCUGGAUGUUUCGGAUCAAAGUAAAGAACACCCUCAGCAUCUCUGUGAAAAAUGCAAAGUGUUGGGGUACUACUGCCGCCGUGUGCAAUAAAUCCACACAGGGAUCGCCUCUGCCACCACCUUUUUAGAUCCUCUGGCACCAAACAAGUCAAAAGGAAGGGGGAAGGGAGAGAAAAAAUCAGACAAGAAUCCUAAACAUCACCAAUGUUGCCUAUCAAACUAAUAAUAUGCCUUACAUUUAGUAGAAUGUAACCCUUUUCCUGUGUAUGUGUAUACGUGCAAGUUGUAUUUAUAGGACUACAGUGUUUUUUUAUAUAUAUAUGAAACAGAAGUUACUGAUGUAGGGCACAAACCACCAAGUGCUGCUGCUGUAUGGCCUCCAUGCUUUCCUGUGAGUUGCACAACAGCCUCACAUAAGCCAGACUGAAACAGGUGGGGGUCAUGCAGCAGCAGUUCUUGCUGGGUUGCACCCAUCCUGUUCCAGAAGAAAUCACUGAUGUGGUUUCUGUUGAUUGUUUACACAGUUCCAAUAUCCUGUCAGGUGAAACAGUAUUGUUUGUCAAGAAAGAGAGGUAUAUAAUGUCAUGGCUAUUGCAGUCAUUAGACAAAAUGGACAGAAUGUUAAAGCAUGGGUUCUAGCCAAUGUCACAAACAAUAUAUUUUUCUAAUUGAACAAGGGCGAAGCCAGGAAAAAGUGUGUGUAUGAGAGUUUGGGGGGGGGGGAGAUGUUCAUUUUUCUUGCCUUUAGGGUUGGUCUGAAAGUUGCAUCUGGUUGCUUGCUUCCAAGAGUCCAGGGCCACUGAAAUGAGGCUUUUGGUAGGCUUUCAAUUAAUAGAAUCUGAGGGUUAAAUAGAACAAGUGAAUAAUUGUUGGUGGGAGUGUUUUGGAUGGAACUGUAAUGGUAGAAGCAGGAAGGGUCAAUCAGGAAUUCAUCUUUCUUAGGUAGCAAUCUUGAGCAUGUUUACUUAGAAGGAAGAUCUAUUGAAAUUGACAAGGCUACUUUUAAGUAAGCACAUGUAAAAUGCAUUUGUUUUUGAAGGAUGCUGUUGAUGAAUAACGUCCCCUUGUCACAAUUUCUCUACCUUCUCUCCCCUCCUUUAUGUGCUUACCAUGCUAAUGGUGGCUAAAAUUCCUACUACUGUGGAAGCCCCAUAGCCAACAUUUUUUUUGUAGCUAACAGGAUAUAUGCUACUUUCUUGCUGUUGUAAUAGCAGGUGGAGCCCCUUCCCCUCAUGCUCCUGUUUCUCAGCCGUCAUCAUUCUCAUUUGCAUACCCUGUUAUGCAGCUUGGCCCUUCACUUCUUCUAGAGCAGAGAGAUCCUAUACUUGGCAUUUACCUGCAGUUCAAAAGGGGCUUCACAGUCUGAUGGGCCAGGCAUCCAUCUGCUUCACAGUCUGAUGGGCCAGGCAUCCAUCUGCUCCACAGUGCUCACACAUGCUGGCUCAGAGAGAUGAAGAAAAAAUGUACGUACUCUCUACAUCUAAAAAAAUACGUCAGCUUCCUAAACAGUAGAUAGCGGGAGCUUCCUCAUAACCCUUCAGUGGCUCCUCAACAACAUCGGUGUUAAUAUAUUCCUUUCUGCUCUUCAUUUGAACUGCCCUUGAGCUGCAUGUGACUUACAGGCAGUGAUGAUACAGGGCAGGAAUGGAUAGAGACACUGAUUACUUGCCAAACAAUAUGGUGCCUACAACUUCACCUGCAUUAUUACUGAAGGAUGUUUCAUACAUUUUGCCCUGCACAGGACCCACUGAAAAUUGCUAUCAAGCUAAUCACAAGCAGGCCUGUGUGGUGCAAUCUAAUAGUUGAGAAACUCUCUAAAUCAGCACCAGCAGAUACCAUGAUUUUGUGCCAGUGGUAUGGUGAACCUCCGUGUGGUUGUAUCAGUGGCCCAAAUAGAACACCUACCACAUGGAGUGGCAUUGUGCCAAAGAUGUUUGGUGGGAGCCAUAACUUCUGAAUUGGCCUUGAGCUGAGAACAGAAGAAAAGCAUGAUGGGAGUUUGGGGUGGGGAGGAACACUUAAUUUACUUGCUUUCAUCACUGCUUACAAGCUUCUGUUUGGCCUCUGUUUUGUUGCAUGUUAGGCCAAAAAAGCUCAAUCACAAAACAAGUUGCAUCAAAAUUGCUUAGAAUACCCCAGCAGUGUUGCAUGCACGUUACAGGGCUGCUACUUCAUUAGUGCAGAAGAUAUGCCAGUACAAAUAUUUAGGAUCAGGAUGGUCAGAGGUAAAUGUACUGUGAAUAAUGGGGGAAAUUCCCCAAACCUUAACUGAAAAAAUACAUUAGUCCUACUUAUUAAUUCUAGAUUCAAUAACACUUUCAGGAACCUAUAAUAAUUUUAUGUUAAAUAUCAAGUAAUAUAUCUAAGUAGCCAAAAGGAUAUUAUAGAAAUGCAUAAAGAAAAUUACACUGCAGAGCCUUUCCCUUUCCCUAUCUAUACAAAACGUUACUAUGUAGUUUAGGGGAAAUGUAAUAUUUGCACCAAGUGAGAGAAUUUGAAGUAAAUAUAAUAUUGGAGCUGCUCUAACUCCUUUCUGUAUUAUGUAUUAAAUUUAAGAGCAUAGAUAAAGCAGUGACUGGACCAUAAUAUGUACCACUGAUUUCUACAGAGAAUCACAGGUGAUGUCAAAUAUUCUUCAUUUAAAGUGAUCUUCAGGGGAAUGUUUUGGUUCCUGGCAAAGCAGGGUCACUUCUGUAUUAAAUCAUCUCAUACCAGAUUACAUGGGGAUUGUGCCAUGCUAUACACAAGUGAAUAUUUUAUCAGCAGUAAUCAUGAAGAGCUUCAGUGAUUAGAUCAAGGAUAAAAUUAAUACUGAUAUGUGUUUCACAUCUAGAACCUGAUAGUAAAGGGCUGCAGGGCAAGGAGAUUUCAAUAGAGCUAGCCUCCCCAACAAUCAUUGGAAUACUCCAGAAGCUCAGUCUGCUUCCAUUCCCACUGCAAACAGAUAAAGUUGUUUUAUACUGAGUCAGACUGGCAAUAGCUCUCCAGGAUAUCAGGCAGUAAAGUAUUUCUUUCUGACUUUACUCCAGAAGUCUCUUAACAGGAGAUGCUCAGAACUGAAUCUGGAAUCUUCUGCACGUGCUUUACCACUGAGCUAUAGUCCCACUUGUGGUUUGUGGAUCUGAAGACAAACAAUGGUUUUUAAGAGAGGUGAAAGUGCUACGACAGAAGUGGGUUUUUUUCUGUUGUGUACAUACACACUCAUUUAUUUUGCCUCACUGUUAUCUUGGGUAAAGAGAUCAUGUAGGGUGUUUUUUUUUUUUGGAAGCACUAUAAAAACCUGCCGCCCUGGGCUCCUGCUGGGAGGAAGGGCGGGAUAUAAAUCAAAUAAUUAAUUAAUUUAAUAAAUAAUAGAUAGUUUGAGCAUCAUCCAGCCGUACUGUAUGUGAUGCAGGAUCACUGGGCCAGGUUCUGCUAAUGACUUAAUUUUUCUCAACUUGAAUAAGUCAUUAAUUCUCUCUAGGCCUCAAUAAAAUGGGUGUUAUAUUAAUGACCUUAUGUGGGUUUUAUGAACUCUGAUUAAUAUCUUCUCAACUUUAGGGAUAGAGUGGUUUUUAUUUUCAAAUAACGUUCCCUGACAUGGUUAGAUAAAAUUUAUGAGUGACUCAGUGACUACUUGAAGAUAUUGUGACUACAGGAGAGCAAGGGAUUGGGCCAUUUCUGCAUCAAAUCUUGUUUACAUGAGCAGCUCUAAGAUAGCAACCCCUGAACUUCUUUCUCUGUUUUGUUUACAUGAGCAAGGGGUCAGUCAAAGCAGAAGGAAACAGAAAGUCAGCAAGGGAGCCCCUGGAUAAAAAUGUUUGACUUCCUUUCCAUUUCAUUGCCAGAUAAGUGACUGUGUAAAGAAUGUAUGGUCAUUAUCCUGGGCAUGCAGAGAGUAGCAGUGGCAUUUAAAAACUUGAACUUUAAUGGCAAUUCUGUUUCAUUCUUGAGGAAGAGUUAAUAUAAGAGAUAUGGUUACAAAAGAGCCAUAUAUUAUACCAUUUACAGUAUUUCUCUUUGAGCACUUAUAAAAUGUUAACAGUAAUCUUUACAACUUUACAAAUCUAAUAAGGAAAAAUGAAAUAUUAACUAAUAAAGAUUGUAACUGUGGGAGGCGAUUCCCACGUUUUCCCAUAAAACAAUUAAUCUGUUGGACUAUGACCUGGGAGACCAGGGUUCAAAUCCCCACACAGCCAUGGAGUGCACUGGAUGACCUUGGGCCAGUCACUGCCUCUCAGCCUCAUGAAAACCUUAUUCAUCGGGUCGCCAUAAGUCGGAAUCGACUUGAAGGCAGUACAUUUACAUUUUAAGAAAUACGCUUCUAGUGCAAAUGUAUGCUGCUAUUGCACUUACAGAGAAUGCCAAAUAUAUGCUUUGCAAACAAGACAACUAGAAAAUCUGGAAGUUAUUUUUCAGCAUAUAUUAAAAAUAAGGGCCAAUUUGCACACUUCAUUUUACAUUUGAGGCAGUCAUCCUUAUAACUACAUGCACACAAAUAUGUUGGCUGGUGUCCAAAGAGCUGGAUGUGCAUGUCUAGCAUACUUCCACACAUGUACACGAAGACUUUCCCAAAUUUCACUUCUGACCACAGCACCUUGCUCUGUUUGAGAUUCCACUCUGGAUGUCCCCCCCCCAACAUUCUGGAAUGGCUUUUCAGGAGGCACAAAGGAUAGAUGUGGGAAGCAUUCCUCCCACUCCUGAAAAGAUCUGGCACUCACAUGCAAGUCCACAGACAGCUCUUUGAAUCCCAUGAAUCUCUGGCAAUUCUCCUAAUCAUGUAUUACCAGUGCCAAUGUUACAUUCACCUAUGUAUGUAGAUAGGCUUUCCAACACAUGUGCCCAUGACCAAAAAAAAAAUCCCAUGCCAUACAUCACACAUAAAGGUGUACCUGGUUUCCCCUCCUACAGAGAUCCAUGCAGGAAAAUGUAGUGUUUUACAAUCUGCCAACUACUGUUGCCAUGUAACCGCAUUUGUAUCAAAUCUCUUUGAGCCUAAUUCCAGUUACUUGGAAGUUCCAGUGAAAUUAAAAUGUGAGUUUAGGAUUAUGGGGUUAGAUUGUAUCAAAAUAAGUUGUACUAAAGUAGCAUGAUCCAACCAAAGUGCAGCACUUUUUAAAUUCCAUCAGUUUCCAUAGCAGAAGCACCUGAGGCAUGGGACAGAGUUCAGAACAUAUGGGUUGCAUAACUAAAAUUUUAGGAUGAAUAUCUGGUAUCCUCUUUUUAAAAGGGUUCUCUGAUGGCAGGGCUGGGAAAUACCUCCACCCAACACCUCAGAGAACCACUGCCAGUCAGAAUAUAGAUCAUCCAGAUCUUGAUGGACCAACAAUCUGAUUCUGUAUGAUGCAACUCCCAAUAUCUGUUGAAAUCAAUGGGACUUAAAAGUGCUUUUAGUUUUGGCUAGAUUGUGCUCAAUAUGUUCUUCAAGGUUUUAUUUGGGUUCUAGUAGUGCUUAGUCAACCUCAUGUAAACCUUGUUAAAAUUUAAGCAAGCGGAUACUGUGUUUUAAUUCAGACUUAAUAUAAUGAUCCACACUGCAUCAUUCUUUAAGACAGGUUUUUUUUUACACUUAACCAGGAUGGCAGUGCCUGUUUUAUGUCUACAAAGACCACUGCCUCUGGAGAUAUCAUUGGAUGGCUGAAGCACUCAGUAAGCCAAUCAUAGCUAUACAAAUGAAGGUUUGCGUUUUCUUAGGAUGAAUAUCAAAGGGACAAUCGUGUGCAGUUAAUAGAUGUAGUCAAUUGAUAUAAAUGUUUACCCCUGUUAUGAAAUAUUUUACCGUUUUACUUGCAGAUGUGUAUUUAUCUUGACUUAUACUUGACUUAGAGUUCCUUUCUGUUUUUUUUAAUACUGUGUGUGUAUUUUGGAAAAAUCUUUUUAGGUGUUUAAAAUUUUUGAAUGGUUACAAAUAUUCCUUUGUAAUACUGAAUUGUUAUCUGGAAACUCUUUGCAGUAACCUUUUUUGUAUAUAUUUGAGGGCCUUUUUUAAAAACAAAAGUUUGUUCUGUUUGGGGUUUUUUUAAGUGUUUUUACAACUCUGAAGCUUUCAAAAAGGGCCUUGGUUCUCUACUAGAAUACUAACAGAGCUGAGAGUUUUCUUAAGUAUUAUACAAAAUUAUGGGUGUAUCCUCAAGAAAAUAUUUAUGGAAGAAAUUUGCUUUUGCUUUUUUGCUUUUUUUUUACAAUGCUUUUGUCUGUAUAAAGUAUGCAACAGAACUACAUUAAGAAGGAAAUAUUGUCUACAUAGAAUAUUAUAUGAAAGUUGGUACAUAAUUCUGACAUGAAGAAAAAACCUUGCAAUUCUUUAAGCCAUAUUGUUGUUGUUUUCCUUUGGAUGAAAAUAUCAGUAUUAAGUAACCAAUCUAUUAUUCAGGUGUUUAGAACUUAUAUUAAUAUGCUUAUUCAGUUUAUUUAUAUGUGUAUUUGAAAUGUAUUGCCUUUCUAGAUAAGCUAUUACUGAUUAGGUAAGAAUCAGAUGUUAAACUAUCACUUUAUGACCUUGUGAAAGACACACUUACACACUUAUAGCCCACUCCUCACAUUUAUGAUGAGGCUAUAAUUAAUGACUGCUGUGUUGGCACAACAGUAUAGUGGCAUAGGACAGACUACAGUGCAAAGAGUUAGAAUUGAAGUGUAAAUGCUCAAAGGACUUCUUCACACAUUGUACAGAUUUUUUUUUAAAUAACGUAUACCUAAACAUAUAAAGGGUAAAUGUUAUAAACAGGUAACAUCAUUCAGAUCCAAAAGGUGGAUUGGCUGCAGCCCCCUAGGUUUGUUGCUAUGUAAUGUGUGAAAUGAUCCAAAGAGUCAACAUUUUAUUUCAGAAAUUGUACAACAUGAUUAUAUUAUCUGAUUUUUUUUUUUUACAUUGUCUCUUCAGGUUGGGUGGAGAAAACAUUGUUUUACAAAGCAAAGCUCACAGCAGUUUGCAAAAACACCACAGUGAGAUUUGCAAUGCAAUACUAGUAGUGAAACAAUAGUGUCAAAUCAAUGGUCAUAAUCAAGAAAGGUUUAGAUUGAUGCAAGCAUUUUGUGUUUAUUUUUAUUUAGAAUUCAUAAAAUGAUACAAUAUGCAUGUGCACAUAUUAUAUGCAUCUUAUUUCAUGGUUUCACAUCGUUUCAUUUUAUAAAGAUUGUUUCUUUGUUUCUUAAACCAUGCUAAAAAUGGCAGAUCAGUUCAAUCUUGUACGGGACUUGUAUUUCCUUUACAAAGGUUAUUUAGAGCAGCAAUCACUACAUUGCAUAAAGCUAAGUCUGAUCAUAUUAAUGUCUGCAGGUUUAGAUUAGUUAAAUUACUUAUUAACUUUAAAAAAAAAAAAAACACCCUAGCUGUACCCACAGAAUAUUUUUUCUCUUCUAUAACUGACACUUAACUUGUACAGCUUAAAAUAAUAAUAAAAAUAAUAACAUUUCUAUGGACAUAGGCCUCAGAGGCGCCAGGCUUAUCUCAGCCACCAAGGUGACCAUUGGUUAGCUGGGCCGUUUAAAAGACUGCCAAAUCUCUGUUGUGGAUUGUCCAUAAAAUGGCAUUCCGACAUGUGCCUUAUUUGCUGAUUAGUAUAUGGCUUGCCUUUAGCAUUAUAGCAGUUUAAUGCACUAUUAAAAUACUGCA